AUGUUUCGCAAUCUCCAGUAAAUUCUAAUGAUACUCCAAAACAGAUAGUGCAACAAUGUGAUGAGUCAGAGACUCGUAGCUAUGCCACUGAUACCCCAGUAUCUGAUAUAACCGAUAAUACUUUAAAUUCUAAUGAUACCUAUAAGAAGUCUAACACAUCUAGCCACGAAGUGUCUGCCUCUGGCAAUUCUAAUAUAUACCAGGAUUCG